CAACUUUCAGACUUCACUCAAUUCAGUCACCUGAUGAAGGAACUCUACUGAGGUUAUAUCGAGAUAGAAAAUAAAAAGAUGGUCAAAUGUAUCAAAGGUCCUUGAUUCAUUACUGGGAGAUGAGUUCUUAGAUUUCAGCAUGAGACUGUGAACGAGGAAAGAAGCGAUAGGUUACAAGAAGAGGAAGAACCGAGCAAUCAGCUGUGUAGACGGGCGUUAUCAGCUGGCUGGUGCAUGUUUGGUACUACGGGUGUGUUUCUCACUCACGUAUUCUAUCGAAAAUGGUUGAAAGUUCCGUCCAGAGCGAUGCUGACGACAACAAUCAGCAGGUGCCCUCGGUCGAUAUAAUUAGUGGCACAGUGGAGGCAGAGCCACAUACUAAUGGUUCAGAGGACCAUGAAGAAGAGAUCAGUGGAUGUGGGGCACAAUAUUGCUGCAAUCCAAAUUGGGGCCCUUUUAGAUUCAUUGCUUUGUUUUUCAUGUGCUUUCUUGGCUUCGGUUCUUACUUCUGUUUUGACACUCCUGGGUCUCUCCAAGACUACAUAAAGGAUGAAAUGAAAGUAGACACUGUGGCAUUUGCUAGUCUGUAUUCCCUUUACUCUUGGCCUAAUGUAGUACUGUGUUUUAUUGGAGGAUUUCUUAUUGACAGAGUUUUUGGUAUAAGGUGGGGAACAAUAAUAUUCUCAUCCAUUGUUACCGGUGGACAGUUUGUUUAUGCUCUUGGUGCACUUGUUAACCAGUUUUGGUUAAUGCAGGUUGGAAGAUUCAUAUUUGGUAUUGGUGGAGAAUCUUUGGCUGUUGCUCAGAACACCUACACAGUCAGUUGGUUUAAAGGGAAAGAACUUAACACAGUGUUUGGCUUGCAAUUGAGUAUGGCAAGAGUAGGAUCAACUGUCAAUUUUCUAUCCAUGGUGCCAUUAUAUGAGUGGGUGCAGACAUUCUCGGAAGGCUACCAAGCACUCGGUUAUUCAUUAUUAUUUGCUGGUAUCACUUGUGUUUUCUCUCUUGGAUGUGCACUAAUUUUGGGUGUCCUUGACAACAAACGCUCCAAGGUUCUGCAUCUUGAUGCAGCACAAUCUGGGGAAAAAAUCAAGCUAUCGGAUAUUUUAACUUUUCCAGCAUCAUUUUGGCUGAUCUCCAUUAUCUGUGUUGCAUAUUACGUUGCCAUUUUCCCUUUCAUUGGUUUAGCAAAAGUUUUUUUCAUGCGCAAGUAUGAUCUUGAUGCAACCACUGCCAAUUCAGUGAGCAGUGUGGUGUAUCUCAUCUCAGCCAUUGCUUCCCCAAUCCUGGGCAAUCUGGUGGAUCGCACAGGACGGAAUGUGACUUGGGUGUUCAUGGCUGUCUUGAUUACCUUGGGCUGUCAUGCUAUGCUUACAUUCACCUUCUGGAGCCCAUUUAUUUCAAUGAGUAUUUUAGGCCUGGCAUAUUCCCUGUUAGCCAGUGCCCUGUGGCCUAUGGUUGCGCUCAUCAUUCCAGAACAUCAACUUGGCACUGCUUAUGGCAUCAUGCAGAGUGUCCAGAACUUGGGCCUGGCUGUCAUUAGUAUCGUGGCUGGACUGAUUGUAGAUACAAGUGGCUACAUGAUGCUGGAAAUGUUCUACAUGAUCUGGCUUUGCAUAGCUGGGAAAAGACUGAGCUACACAAUUUCUUACAAAUUAAGAGUUGUAGAAUAUGCCAAGGAGAAUGGGAAUAGAGCAGCAGCAAGGGCUUUUGGGCCACCACCUACGGAAAAAAUUAUACGUGUCUGGUGACAGCAAGAACAACAACUGAAGAGUGCAAAGAAAGGUAACCAUAACCUUCGUUGUCCAGCCCCACAUUGGCCGGAACUAGAGGUUGACAUAAAGACGUGGGUGAUAAAUGAGAGAAGUUCAGGGAGAAGUGUUUCUACUAAAAUGAUAAUUCAAAAGGCCAGGAAAGUAGCAGAACAACGAGGGAUACAAAAUUUUGCAGGAACAGAAGGUUGGUGUUAUAGGUUUAUGAAACGGCAGGGUUUAUCAUUGCGUACUAAAACCUCCAUUGCACAGAAAAUGCCUGCUGAUUAUGAAUGUAAAAUAUUAGAAUUUCAUAGAUUUAUUAUAAAUGCACGAAAGAAAACUUCUUUUGAACUGGGUCAAAUAGGGAACAUGGGCGAAGUUCCAUUCACUUUUGAUGUACCAUCCAACAGAACUGUGACUGUCAAAGGAUCUAAAAUGGUCACAGUAAUGCUUUGCAUGCCUGUAAUGUGCUGUGAGACUGCUAUCAAGAAUAUAUGCUUAAAUACACUAAAAAACUUUUUUUCCUGAAUCUGACCUGCUAAAAUGGGGGUGCAUCUUAUAUGCCAGUGUGUCCUAUAUGCUGUCAAAUACGGUACUUUAAAGAUGGGAUGAUUUGUGCAUGGGGAAGACAGUGGAGCGGUGGAGGAUGAAGAGGAUUGUUAUUGUUUGAAAGGAGAAUCUUAGGACCCAUGGUAGCACAAUUACAAUAAUUACUAGGAAAUAAUAGGAAAAACAUACCAAACUAAUAGAAAAACACUAGGAAAACACAAUAUGGAUGCUUCUGCCAUAAGAUUAUCUACAUGACCUGUGUGAGAGAUGGCUACGCUCGUCGGGAGAGUGUGUGCAAGCCUAGCGGUCUCUGUUUGUACCUCACUUAUAAUGUGAACUUCCACUCUUAAAGUAAGAAAAAAAUUGCCCAAUCCUCAAUACAUUCUAUAGAUUACUUAUUGUAGUAUCUAAUUCACAUAUAAAGUGAGGUUCCACUGUCUGUACAUUAUGUCAAAGUGAAAUAUCACU